AUGGCCCCGAGGAAGCGUCACACGCCAACAACGGUCAACGAUGAGGCCCCAAAGAAACAACGACGGGUUAGAGAAGACUACCAUGAGAUGAUUGUUACACAACCAGCUCCAGCCAAGCAGCCGAAGAGAGUAGUACAAACCCGUGUAACACCAGCCGUGAAACAGGCAGAGCAGGUAUUACUGAGAUCGCGGAAGGGACCGCGCGGUCAACGUCAAGAACAAACACCGCAGUCUGAGAGAUCACUGAUGAGCUCCCCAACCGAAUCCGAGAUCAACGUCAUCGAGCCAGCAUCAUUCAUCGACGAACAGCUGAGAGAAGGAACAACCAACACCAAUGGAAGACAAGUCGACGGCGAUCAGUUAGGUACUGUGUUAAGAGAACAUGCGAGCGCACAAUCGAAUCCGAUAGAAAAUGCGAUAUUACUAUUGUCACAAACAUUGAUUAACACGAUGAACGCGAUCCGCGAAGGCGCUGCAGAUGGUAGGAGUUCGCCAGCUUCUAAAAACGUAGACUUUGAUAAAAAGUUACCGGAAUUCUCGGGAAAACCCCUACAAUGGAUGCACUUCGCCAAAAUGUACGCUGAAUCGGAAGCUAGCUUUAGCGAUCGUCGGAAUAUCGGACGGCUUGACAAAGCGUUAAAGGGCAAGGCCUACGAACUUGUGAGGACGCUCUUAGCAACGAGCGAUAACCCGAGAGAUGUCAUACGCGAAUUAGAGAACCAUUUUGGCCAAUCUUUGCUCAUCGCUGCAGAUAUCGUCAGAGAUCUGCAUAGCUUACCGAGUUUGAAAACAAGCAUGAAAGGUUUAGCGUUGUUCGCAACACAAUUGAAGAGCGACGUCGAUGCCUUCAAAAUUCUCAAGCCGAGCGGAUAUCUCUAUAGCCUCGAUUUAUUAUCUAGUGUAGCCAAGAAAAUACCGGAGUCGCUACAAUCAGCUUUCAAUCGGUUUGCGAAGGAGGAACUCCGUGAACAUGGUGAUCUAUCGCCGUUAGAGAAGUUAGCGAAAUUCAUGGCGAGAGAGUCGGAGCUCAACAUACGUGCGGGCGUAUUUGACAUCGAUACUUCUGCCAAUGACGACGGCACUUCAAAGAAGUUGACGAAAGGUGCGAGAGGCGGUAUCGUCUGUGCGGCGGUCGACCUAGUAGGCGAGAAAGAUGACGGAACAACUGUCGAUUCAUCGGACAAAUGUGGCUAUUGCGGUAGACGCAGUCAUCGUGUGAGAGAAUGUCGCGAUUUCUUACAUGAAAGCACGAAGCGUCGGUGGUUUUUAGCUAAGAAGAUGGGGGUUUGCUACAAGUGUUUCGAGAACGGGCACUUACGAUCAGAAUGUAGCUCCAGGACCGUCUGUGAUGUGUGCCGCAAGCACCACCAUACCCUCUUACACUUCCACAAUCGGAGCGACAAUCGAGACCAAGUUGAUCGCUGGGACGAGCGUGAACGUUCGAAUCGCAAGGAACAAUGGUCGUUUGGAGAGCAACAAAUCGAACACGCGCUUAUCAUCCCAUCACUGAACCUGCCGCUACAAUCACUGUCGAAGGAACUCGCCCGACGCGUGCGAGAAAAGGAAAAUAUAGAAAUAUUACCCUAUCACGACGCGCCCCUGCACAUUUUGAUCGGACAAGACAACUGGCGCCUAUUAGAGAGCGACGAUGUAAGGAAAUUAGAUGGAAAGGGUCUUAUCGCGACGCACUCACUACUCGGCUGGUCGGUACACGAUAAACCCGAAAGAUCCGCGGAACUUGAGCAACAAAUUAGGAACUAUCUAGAGUUAGAGAAUCUUGGCGUGGUGAAACUGGACCAAAAGGAUGUAAAGAAUGAACGCGCAUGGGCGAUCUUAGAGGCGACUUCACGAAAAAGGGGUUGCGAAUGGGAAACAGGUUUGCUCUGGAAAUCGGGUUUGAUGCUGGACGUAAAUAGUAAGGCGACAGCGCUCAAACGGCUGUAUGCGCUUGAAAGAAAGCUCGACAGGAAUCCGGAAUUCGCAGAACGAUAUUACGCCGAGAUGGAGCGAUUCAUUGCAAACGGGUACGCGGAAAAGUUCGAAAAACACGUCAAGAGACCGAGGAGAUGGUACCUACUGCAUCAUGGCGUGGAAAAUGCGAACAAACCCGGGAGAACUCGCAUAGUACAUGACGCGGCUGCAACGACAAACAGUAUAUCGCUUAAUUCGUUACUGGAACCCGGCCCGGAUUUGUUAAAGUCACUGCUUGGUGUGCUACUCCGUUUUCGUCAAUUUCCUGUCGCUGUAAAAGGGGAUAUCAAAGAUAUGUUCCUCAGAAUUAAAGUAAUAGAGCGAGAUCGCGGCGCUUUGAGCUUCUUGUGGCGUGGUAGAGAUCGUACUUGCACGCCAGAGACGUGGGAGAGUACAGGCUUGAUUUUCGGAGCGACAUUGUCUCCAACUAGCGCUAUAUACAUAAAAAAUCGGAACGCACGACAAUUCUCGGACUCGAAACCCGAAUCCGUGAAGAGUAUAAUAGAAAAUAGUUAUAUGGAUGAUUAUUUGGCAUCCGGGAAGUCCGUCGAAGAAAUGCGAGAACGUGUUCGCGAUGUAAUCGAAAUAAACAAGGAGGCCAACUUUCACAUGCACGGAUGGGCGUCGAAUGAACCAAGCGUUGUCGCGGAUGUACUCGAUAAUAAUAGAUUAGGUAGAAGAGAACAGGCAAACCUCUGCAACGACGAAGAAAAGGUUUUAGGCCUCUAUUGGGACUGUAGCAAGGACACCUUUAGAAUCAACAUCAGUCUAAAUAAAGUUCGCUUGGAAAUACGACAAGGAAAAGAACGGCCGACGAAACGCCAAUUCUUCGGAAUUGCAAUGUCCGUGUACGAUCCACUCGGGCUUAUCGCGCCGUUUACAUUACAAGCGAAGCUGAUUAUGCAAGAUGUCUGGAGAAGCGGAAUUAAUUGGGACACGCGAAUCUCGAACGAGGAUUUUAAGGCAUUGUCAAACCUGAAGGCCUAUGCAGCGGUUGCCUAUUUGCGGUCAGAAACACUCGACGGAAAUGUGCACUUAUCGCUGCUCAUGUCGAAAUCACGCGUUGCGCCUAAAAAACCUAUGACAAUACCGCGACUCGAACUACAAGCCGCCUUGCUUGGAUCACGAAUAGCUGGAGUUAUCGAGACGGAACUAGAGCUGAAAAUCAAUCGACCCAUUUUCUGGUCUGAUUCGACAACCGUUUUACACUGGAUUAGGAGCAACUCGAGGAGCAAACAGAUGUUAGUGGCAAACCGAUUAGGAGAAAUAGGCGAACUAACGAAAACAACCGAAUGGCGAUGGGUACCGACAUAA